UCCCAUAGUUCAGGUGCCAAGAGGUGGUCCUAGACCUAGACGGGGCCGUGGUGGGAUUUUGUCUUGGGUGGACUCAGUCGAUCAAAGAGCCGGAGCCGGAGCGCUGAGCUCCGAUAUCGCCGAGCUGAGGAUAUACAGUCCCUGGUGCGUCUUUGGUCUGGUACUCCUGUCCCUGCUGCCUCAUGUGCGUCAACAGGCUACCACUUCUAGUCCUCCUUGGACUCGCAGCUUCAGGUCUGCAUCUGGCGAGGGGGAUGCGCGUCUACACGUCCGGCGAGCAGGAGGCGGUGAACGGGACGGACGUGCGGCUCAAGUGCACCUUCGAGAGCAAGGAGAACAUCAACCCCAAACUCCUCACCGUCUCCUGGAACUUCAGACCACUCGGACCCGGGCAUGAUGAGUCGGUGUUCUACUACCAGGAGAAGCCCUAUCCCCCGGCAGAGGGCCGGUUCCGUAAGAAGGCGCUCUGGGCCGGUGACAUCAUGGCUGGCGAUGCCUCCAUCAUCAUCCGAGAGGCCAAAUUCACCUUCAACGGGACCUUCAGCUGCCAGGUCAAGAACCCACCUGACGUUCACGGGCACCCGGGCACCGUAAAACUCACUGUGGUCUACUCAGCUUCCUUCUCUGAGAUCGUGGUGGUGGCGGGCAUCAUUCUGGGUGCCAUAGCCAUCAUCAUGGUGAUAAUGAUCCUGGUGCUGUCCAUCCGCCGCUGCCGCAAGAAGAGGCAGCACCACCAGCAUCAUCAGGACCACGAGUACGCCCCACGCGAGCGGAAGGACCCCACCAUGUGCCACCCUUCCAAGGCAGUGCACCUGUAUGUGGAGGUGGAGUCUGUCUCGAUUGACAGCUCAGACGGGGUGAUCUCAGACCCCAGCACUGGGGACUCCGGAUCCUCCUCGGAGGAGGAAGAUGAUUCCAGCUCUGACGAAGGUGGAGACUCGGACAGCGACUGAGAUGAAGACCCAGGAGGAAGAGGAUUCCAGCUGCGACGAAGGUGGAGACUUGGACAGCGACUUAGAUUGACAACCAGACUGGCUAGCACCAACCUAAUGAUGACAAGAAGACACACGGCAAUGGGAUGGUCCUACAAAGGAAUAAUCCAGCAUUUUUUUUAGUCUCUCCAUUAUUGGGAUGAUCCAAUAUUUUGUUUUAUUUUGAAGAAGCCUAUUUUUGAAUCGUAUCUGUCCUCCACUGGGAUGAUCCAACACUUUUCUAUUUAUUUUGAAGAAUUCAGAUUUUUAGAAAAGUUAAAACAUUUUCUAAGUCUAUCCUCCACUUCCAAGAGUUGAAAGUGGUCCUGGAUAAACAUGAAAUCAGGAAAAACAGCUUGUGAUCAUACCCUAGAGUGACUUACAACCACUCGCUUAGAAAGCUCUUUAAAUUGAGCUGUUCCUUAAAGAAAACAGACAACUAUAUUU